AUGCCUACACGCUCCGCUCUCCGCCAUGCUGGCCCCGGAAAUGUUACUAUCGACAAAUGCCCUGUGCCCAUGCCUGGGCCAGGCGAGGUGUUAAUCAAAGUUGCGGCUGUGGCAUUGAAUCCAAUAGACUGGAAAAUGAUGUACCGGAACACUUUGAGGCCCGAUGAUGGUGCCUUUGCGGACUAUCUAGUUGCGCAAGCCCAUAUCUUGGUGCGCCUACCUCUGAACAUCUCGUCUGAACAGGGUUCAACCUUGCCUACUGCGCUCUUUACUGCUGGAUUCUGCCUAUACAGCCACCUCUCCUUCCCAUAUCCAGAAAAGAGUGAGAGGGCACAGGCGGCGCAACCAGUGCUGCUUAUAUAUGGUGGCGGUACCGCCAUUGGAUCGAUGCAGAUUCAGUUGGCCAAGUUGUCUGGCAUCUACGUUAUAUCAACAAGCUCUGAGAAUAGCUUUGACUUUGUUAAGCAAUGCGGCGCAGAUGCUGUCUUCGACUAUCGGGACCCUCUUUGUGCACAACGUAUCAUUGAAGCCUCUGGUGAUAGACAGCUUGCUACAGUUGAUUGCAUCUCUAACCAUGCGUCAUCAGCUAUCUGUGCCGCUGUCAUGGAGCCAAAAGGCGGUGUUUACAUAGCAUGCACCAGGACAUGCCCGGAUAUAGAGAACACAAGAGUCAAGACGCUCCGCAUUGUGGCUUUCACGGUUCUGGGUAGACCAUUUUCUCUCGAUGCUCAAGGUCCAAUCUUCCCUAUUGUCUUGGAGGAUGUUGAAUUUGCAUCAAAUUUUGUUCCGCGUGCUGAGAGGCUGCUUAGAGAGAAUAAGAUCCAGCCUAUCCAGACAAAUAUGAGGGAUGGAGGGCUUGCCGCUAUUGCCAAGGGACUGGUUGAUUUGAAGGAGGGAAAGGUUAGCAGAGCACGUCUGGUGUAUUCCAUAUGUUCAUGA